CUCUCUCUCUCUCUCUCUCUCUGCGCCUCCGCCAUCCUCGGCGGCGUAAAUCCCAUUUUUCUUUCCUUCUAUUGUCCAUCCACCCCCACCGAUCACAGCACAUGGCGGACCCUAAGGCGUUACAGCUCUCCUCAGACAAGAUCCUCAACGAAGGCCCCGUCCUGGCUGUGUUCAACAAGCGUCUCCGCGCCCUGCGCAAAAAACUCAAUCGCAUAUCCCAAAUGGAGGAGUCUCUCUCCAAAGGGAAAUCUCUUAACAAAGAGCAGAAGGAGACCUUACGCUCGAAAUCAUCGGUGAUCACCACCAUCAACGAGCUCGAGAAAAUCCUCCAUCCCGUCUCGGAGGCCGUGGAUCUCGAAAUCCAACUCGCUCUGGAUAAAUUUAAGCAAACUGCCAAAUCCUUAGCAGAGGAAAGAGAAAAUGAGCUUCAGUCGGCUAUUUCUGAUCUGCUUGGUUUGCUUUACUUGGGCAGCUUGUUUGAUAUGCACACAUUGAUGAGGGCGUCCGAGUGUAUGCUGAUAAGGGCGCAUGAGAGGAACUGCUGUCUCACGUACGAUUGCGUCACGGAUGAUGAUGGUGCCUCGGAUGAAUUGCUGAAAGAGUGGGAUUUUGAUCUGAUUGCGAUGAUGGCGGGCUUGUUGACGUCCCGGCCGGUGACUUCAAGGUUGCCUCAUAAGAUCUCGUUCCAAAGGUGCGUGGAGCACGCCAAGCUAUGGCUGGAAAAUUCUGAGAAGCAGAUCGAGCCAGAUUCAGGGAUCACUUGUGAUUGGUACACUUGUGAACUAAACCUUGCUGUUGAUGUGGAUGACCAAAUCACUUAUGCCGAUCUGAGACGGAAGCUGAACAAAAUAAUGCGUUCGGAUUACUUCACCAAAAAUCCAGUGAUGAAGGCUCCCAUUGAAAUGAUUCAAGCUGCUGGCAAUUAUCCAUUUCAGUUUUUGGUGCAUAAGCCUGUGAUACCUGAAGUUUUUGUCAAUGGACCAAUGGAAAGUUCAUCUGCAGAAUUUGAACAAGAGGUCACCUGGCAGGGAAGAUGGUUCUGACUUAACAUUGGGUGGUGCUACCUGACCAUACCUUAAGAUUCUCGAGUUGGAUGCUGAACUUUUAAUUUACGAGCAUUUUAUACAAUGGACCAUUGAAGUUAAUUUUCACAUUGCGUGUUGCAAAAUUUUAUGUCUCCCUUUCACUACAACAGACUCCAUCUGCAUCGAUGUGGAAGCACUCUAUUUAUGAUAAGUAGGAGUAAAAAUGACUGGAUUGCAAUGGCAACUAAAAUUCAAGAAUUUGAAACUACCCUAACUGAAGAAAUUCCUCAGAGGAUUGGUUAACAGCAAUGGAGGGUGAAGCAUCAUCAGUAGGAGCGAGCAAUGGGCAAGGCCAAUUUUAUGUUUAAAC